AUGUUCCCUCUAACACUACUCAUUCUCCUAGCCCCAUUAGUCUCAUUAAUCUACAUCCUACACACCAGCGUGUCACGGCGGAGACAACCACCGUGUCCACCGGGGCCGCCAAGGUUACCGAUAAUCGGAAACCUCCACAUAGUAGGAGGAGCAGAACAACUCCCACAUCGUUCUCUCCAAUCCCUGGCCCAACGUUACGGUCCUAUAAUGUCGUUACAACUGGGUAACGUCUCAACCGUUGUUGUCUCGUCCCCCGAGGCAGCCGAACUGUUCCUCGAAACCCACGACGUGGUGUUCGCGAACAGGCCCAAGUUCGAAACGGCCCACUACACGUACGGCGCGGAGAGCGUGGCUUUUGCGGAGUAUGGUGCGUACUGGCGCGGCGCGAGGAAGGUGUGCAUCACGCACCUGCUGAGCGCGUCAAAGGUGGAGUCCUUUGGGCCUUUGAGAAAGAGGGAGGUUGGAGCGCUGGUGGAGCGGACGAGGGAAACAGCGGAGGCGCGUGAGGUUGUGGACCUUACUGAGCGAGUGGGGGAAGUUAUGAGAGACAUUGCAUGCAAGAUGGUGUUGGGAAGGAACAAGGAUGAUAGGUUUGACUUGAAAGGUAUUCUUUUGGAGACCAUGAGUAUUUCAGGAGCUUUCAAUUUUGCAGAUUAUGUGCCUUGGUUACGACCCUUUGAUCUUCAGGGAUUAAGGCAAAGAUCAAAGAAAAUAAGCAAAGCACUUGACAAAAUGUUAGAGGAAAUGAUAGAGGAACAUCAACUAGCUCCUAAAGCAGAAGGGCACCUUAAUGAUUUCAUUGACACAUUACUUUUGUUAAAAGACCAACCAAUGCAUCCACAUGUUGAACAUGCAAGUAUAUUUGAUAAAAGAAGCAUCAAGGGUAUUGUGUUUGACAUGAUAAUUGGGGCAUCAGAAACUUCUGGCAACGUGAUUGAGUGGGCCAUUUCAGAACUUGUGCGACAUCCAAGAGUGAUGGAAAGUCUUCAACAGGAGCUAAAACAUGUGGUUGGAAUAAACAAAAUGGUGGAGGAGAUUGAUUUAGCAAAACUAAGUUACUUGGAUAUGGUUGUGAAGGAGACCCUAAGGCUACAUCCUGUUGUGCCCUUACUAGCCCCUCAUGAAUCAAUGGAAGAUAUAGUGAUAGAAGGUUAUUAUAUCAAGAAGAAGUCAAGAAUAAUAAUAAAUGCAAGGGCCAUAGGGAGAGACCCUAAAGUGUGGUCUGAAAAUGCCCAAUCGAGUCUACUUGGUAGGUACACACAUUCUUCUUUCAUCUCUUCCCUCUCUUCUCCUUCUUCUUCUGCUGCUGCAGAGAUGGAAGAUGAUCAAUUUCCUCAGAUCAAAGGUGUUGUUAUAAUCUCCCUUCCACCCCCAGAUAACCCUUCUUUGGGGAAAACCAUCACUGCUUUCACUUUCUCUGACCCUUCUUCUCCUCAACCUUCACUUCUUCAACAAUCCAACCAACACCAAACACACCUCAACGAUCACAACAAUAUUGAUCCUCCCAUUCACCGCUACCCAUCUAAUCCUCAGCUUAGUUUUUCACUCAGAAGGUUCUUCCACGGCACCCCAGCGAAGUUUUUCUCCUUCUUUGGUGUUCUUCUCUUUGCUCUCUUCCUCUAUGGUUCUGUUUCUUCAACCAUAACUCAGGAAUUGCGUGGCCCCAAGAAUGAUGAUGAUGAUGAUGGCAAACCCGGUUCAUAUUUUUUCCCUUUGUAUCCUAAAUUUGGUGUUUUGGGACAGAAGGAUUUGAAGCUCCAAGUGGGGAAGCUUGUUCGUAAAGAAAAGUUUUUGACACAAAGAAAAGAUGGGGUUGGUUCUGAGGCUGUGGCCGUUGACUCAUCUUCGGUUUUUCCUGUCAGUGGCAAUGUUUAUCCAGACGGGUAUAAUCAAAAUCGUUGCUUUUGCUGA